UCUUUGACUUUUCUCCCUCUCUAUAUAUACCACAACACACUUCAAACCCACCCACAAAACAAAACCUCCAUAUCAAACAUCAUUCUUCGAUUCUCUCCAACGUUAAACAAAAAACCUUCUCUUCUUCAACUCCACGUCAUGGGCAACCACGUUUCAUGCACCUUGGCGCCUCCUUUGAUGAAGAACUCCAGAGCCACCAGAGUCAUCAUUCCCACCGGCGAAGUCAAACAAUUCAGGGAGAUUAUCAAGGCGGCGGAACUCAUGCUUGAACACCCCACUUACUUUCUCGUCAAUUCUCGCUCUCUUCAUAUCGGUCGAAGGUUUUCUGCGCUCGCCGCUGACGAAGAAUUGGAGUUUGGGAACAUCUACAUCUUCUUCCCCAUGAGGAGACUCAACUCGGUUGUCACCGCCGCUGACAUGGCGGUGCUUUUCUUGGCGGCUAACUCCGCCGCCAAAAAACUUUCCGGCGGAAAGAGGCGCGUUCUUCCGCACAACGCCGGUGGUGAAGUGGAAAAAAACUCAGAUGCAGAAAGAGAUGUUGAGAUUCCAAGAUUGAGUUUGGAAGGAGUGGAUUCAGGGUUUCAGUAUAGGUUAAAUUAUUGCAGAUCAAGAAAACCUGUUUUGGAAACUAUAACCGAGGAACCAGCUAGGUUAAGGUGAUUGGUGAAACGUGGUUAUGUUAUGCAUCAGAAUUUUUAGAUUAUUCAACACUCGAAAAGAAAAACUAGCUGAGGUGGAGCAGCCAUAGGAUCAAGUUUGUACAAACGAAUUUACAUGUGAUGAAUUGACUAUUCAUUUAUUUUUUUGUUACAAUGAAUAAAUUCAGAUUAAUUUAAUGGGGACUGAUAUUUAGUGA